UUUUUUGCGUUUUUUUAGUAAUAAUAAAUUUUUGCCCAGUGAUUUAGAAUUUCAUUUUUUUAAAAAUUUAGCUCACGUCAGAACUUUUUGUGGUGAUUUCAAAUCGAUUUUUAAUCUAGUGAUUUUUUUCGAGUGAUGACAAAUGAAUUUCUUCAUGAUGAUCUUGAGUGAAUUUUUUGUGGUGAUUUAGAAUAAAUUAGUCAGUAUGUAUUUAGGUGAGAUUUUUAUUUUUUGUAAUUUAAAUUCAAUUUUUCUCGUUUUAUGAGAUCUUGAUGAAAAUUGGGAACAUUGUGCGACCGUGCUGACUCAGUUUGCAUUGUUUUUCCCACGAAUGAUGAUGCAAACCCCCUCUUCCUCCUCUCAACAUUAUUUCAGCGUGAUUAUUUUCGAAGCUAAGAUUCAACUAAUAUGGUAGAAUCGUCUUGAUUGAUCGUGCCUUUUUUCGAUGUCUUAUCAGUCGAGAUAGCCGGUAUACACAGGUACCAGGUGAUAAUAAUGCUGUGUGUAAUAUGAUGGUUCUCUGAAGUGUACAAAUUGUCGUGUUUCUAAUUAUUACCGUUUAAAACACCUGAAUUUUGUCCUGUUCUACUUUCCAAUAAUUUGCGCGUCUGAUAAUGGACGGUAACAGUUGCAGCAAGACGAACAAUUCGCCGAUGGAAUUGCAAUGUUUGGCUGCCAAAUCAGUAUGCAUUUGGCUGGUACACGAAUGGGCCGAUGGCGAUGAAAUACCCGUAAUCGACGUUUGGAAAAAAGCUCACGGAUAUAACACUUGCCCGGAUCACGACUGGUUCCUAUGGCAACUACAUGAAAUGCAAGUACCUCGAUUCGCGAAUAAAAUCCUACCGAAUAAAAUUCGAUACCAAAUCGACGACACUCUGGCGCCGAUCUUGAAACAAGUCGUGAUGUGGAUUCAGUAUCAUCAUUACAGGAAUUUCUUCCACGAACGACAGCAAUCUUCAUUGCUGAGCGAAUACGUCGUGAAACUGGUUUGGAAUCAUCAUUUUAAAAUCGACUACGUUGCGACUGCGAAAAAUAUCCUAACCAAUGAGAAGCUGAGUCCGUUGGAGAGGUUCAGAUUCGCGAGUACUUAUUGCAUCGUCGAAGAGAUGGAAAAGUUUCGCGAUCUGAUGGCGACCGAUUCGCUACCGGAAUGGAAUUUUAAAGAGGAACCGUCAAUGGUGUACUGGAGCAAGUAUUUGAGAAACGAGUUAGAUACGAUUCCAAUACCCGGAGUCACUGGGGAGUUUUCCGUUGACACGGUGAUGUUUGAUGCAACUUUAAGCUCACGGAUGUCUGAAUUGUGGCCACCGGUCGUGUAUUUCUUCGAUAAAUUGGACUCGGCGAGCAAAUCCAGCAAAUUCAAACGUGUCGUCGAACUGUACAGUGAACGACACCUGAAAGAUUUGUUGGCCAAAUUGACAGAUAGAGAAUGGAAUCUGGCGUGUCGUUCUGCGAUCUCGAAACUCGUCGAGCAAAUCGUCGAAUGGGGUGCUUUGGAUAACGACGUACGUUACGUACAUUUGGAAACUGUUCGGGAGUGAGAUGGAUUCGAAGAAUUUCUGCUCCAUUCUCGAAACGCUGGUACCGGUAUCGAUGAGCAACGCUAGCAAUUUUGAAAAAUAUACCACGCUGUUGAUGGAAAUUUGGGCCAGCGCUAGCAGCGAAUUGAAACAAUCGGCCAUCGUCGAUACGAAACUGUGGCAGAGUAUCGGUAGUAAAUACAUCAUCCGUAUGGACCGAGAAACGUCGGAUUUUCGUGCACGUCGCCAGAUCAGCGAUCCGAUGAAAUUCAUCAGACUGGUUUUGAAAAGCACGAAUAAUACGCAGAAAAGAAUCGAAUUUUUCGGGAAGAAUUUCUGCUGGUUGAUCGUCUUGGCCCCGUUUGCUGAGGUAGAUAAAUUGAUGCGUGAUUUUCUGGAAUGCCAUCAACGCGAUAAUAUCGAGAUGAAAAAAGAAAUCGCCAAUUCUGACGAAAUUGACGAAUGUCUGUGGACAUUGCUGCGAUUUGGCGAAUUCGACGAUUUCGACGCAGCGAUAUCGUUUUAUUUCCCCGGUGUCGGCGGCUUCGUCGAGGACGACGAUGUGAUGCGCUAUAAAUGGGCGUUAAUGUCGAAUGCUAGGGGUUUAAACAUGCUCAGUAGCUGUUUAUACUUUGCAGAUUGGAGGGCGUUAUACGAUUAUGUGAAAAAAAUCAAUUCGCAGACUCGCCGUAUCGCGCCAGAUGAGUUUAUGAUUUCUUUGAUCGAGCAGGAUCACUAUCCGGCAGUUUUUGACUUGACCGUGAAACUGUGUCAAGGCGAAAUGAAAGACGUGAGGGAAUUCGUGAACGCAAUUUUGUCUCCCACCGAUGACAGAUUGGAACGGUUGAAAAAAAGAUUCAAAGAUCAUAUGGGCAAGAAUCUGUUCAGUGACUUCUGGUUAAUUGAACGCGUAGAAAGAGUUUUUAAUCGAGCUGACGUGCAGGAUUUUAUGCUGUGGAUUUACAACGGCGAUGACGAACUAAUCGAUGGAAUCUACAAGAAACCGGUCUUCCAGUUCCUUCCUAGUGGGUUUUUGGUUCAGUUGAAAUUUUGUUUCACCGAUAAUUGCUUUCAUGCUACCAAGUCUAUGGAGGAGUUUUUAGAGUGGUGUUUUGCAACCGAAGCAGAAAGGCGACAGUUUAAACUCGACAUGAUUCAUAAAUAUCGCGAGUAUAAAACGAUCGAAGAUUUGUUGACCGCUAGAAGGUAUCGCCGAAGCGCGUUGUUUUGGUUUUUUGACGGCGAUCUCAGUGCAAUUGAAAAGUUCACGGCUGAUUGCGCGCGUAAUCCGAUGAACUCGUAUGUCGCUAUUAUGGGUAACUGAAGACUUGAAGUAGGUACAUAUUUAGUGAAAAAGUGACUGCUGGGAUCAGAAGUGCAGAUUUGAUUUUAUUUCAUCGUGUUUAGAAACAAUUUUUUCUCGAAUUUUUCCUUCCCAACAAGUGAACAUUUGUAAGUUGUCGAGUAUGUUUGCUUAAUCUUUUCCCUCUUUCGAAAUGAUUUUUUUUUUCAUUUUUGAAUGCGUCGUAUUCGUAGGUGUUUUUAUUUGAAAUUUAAAUAUAUGUAAGUAGGUAUAUAUGGCAUUUGAAGUGCAGGACGAUAAUUUGCAUUAUAUUGCAUAAUUUUUAAAAUUCCUUUUUUCCAGACAUUUUUUUUUUUUUUUGGUUUUUUAAUAAUAAUUGUUAUUUGAUAUGUAUAAAUAAUAUACAACGUUUUCUUUCACUUGAAAAUAUUUUUGUAAUCAACUUGGCUGAGGCUGAUGAUGUUUUUUAAGGGUGGAAAAAUGGUGUUCAUUUUUUUCUCUUGAAAAUUUUUAUGAUGUAAUUUUGCAUUAUUUCGCUGAAUGGAAGUUUUGCUGAUAUUUUCGUAGAAAGUAUCAUAAUUCUAUCAAGUUUGACUGGCCUGAUGACAUACCAUUCAGAAUACUGAUCUAGCAAGAUCGAUUUUCGCAAGUCUAGAAUUGCUGAACUGGAAAGUGCGUACAAUUUUGGAUCAAUUGACACAUUUUUUUGAAGUGGCCGAGUCAAUUUAUUUAAGGAGCUUCGCUUUUUAAGAUAUUUAAAAUUCGUUAAAAUGAGUACAGGGCAGGUUUUUGAUUAGUCUCCUGAUAUUUUCCUCGCUCUCAUAGUUACCUCGUAAUAUUGUCAAUUUUUAUUUAAAAUAAAAAGAAAAUGAAAAGUAUGUGUGAGUUGAACUGAUGGAAUGGAGGGUUUUUCAUUAUUUGAAAAAAUUGAUGAUUUGAUGGGAAAAAAUUCAAAACUUCAUUUUUGCAGCAGGAUACUUUUGAAUUAAGUAUCCUCAUUUCGAGAAAAUAUGUACUUCUCGCGUUUCCAUAAUCUAUUUUCUUUUCUUUGUAUGAAGCCCCAAGUUGAAAAAAAUUAAGAAAAAUAGGAUAGGUACUUAGGUAUUAUGUAGAUUUAAGUAAAAUGUAUUUUUUCUUUUUUUUUCAAUUUCACAUUUGUGUAUCAGGAAUUCUUCUAAAAACGAGUACCUACAUAACUCCUUUGUUUUCUUUUCAAAUUUCUGGUGUCAAAAUUUUCAUGAUGAAUAUAUGUAGUCCCUUUUUCGAUUGACCCCACCCCCUUUCCCCAGAGCUAUCAAAUUUGGGUAAAAAGUUGAAGAAAUCAAAAAUUGAAGUGAUGUGUUGAAAAAAAAUCAUUCAAGAGAAUAAUUUAAAGAGAGUUUGACCAGAAUAAAAUAAUUGGUGAAAAAUUUUCCAUUUUUUUUUUGCAGUUUUUCAUUUUUUUUAUUUCAAAAACUGUACAUACAUAUAAGGAGACCAAGCAUUGUUUGGAAAGGAUAUGACGCUUUUUCGGAAAUUUGAAUAAUUAUUUUAUUGGUUAUGACAAUUUUAAUUUAACAAAAGUAGCCGUUUUUGAAAACGGUUGGUAAAAAUAUGUUGUUUAAAAAAUGCAACUCGAUGAUAAAACCGAGACUUUU